UUUCAGAUUUGACCAGAGUUACCCGUUUAUAGCCCGUAUAUAUUAUAUCUAGUUUGUUGCCUGUCACACACCUCAAACCCCAAUUUCCGUUUGGUUCUCGGAAAUAGCAAACUAUCACAUGCAUUGACGUGAGAACUUGUGGGGGUUGGUAUCCAUACACAUUUACUUUGCUGCCCAUUUUGGUUUUGUUUCUCUAUCAGGAUGGGCUCUUCUGAAAGUAUCGUCAAAUUGAAUGUUGGCGGAACUGUGUUCGUGACUUUGAAAUCAACUUUGACUAAACAUCAUGGAAUCUUCAAAGCGUUGGUCAAAACCGAAAUGCCUGCUGAAGAUGGCGAUAGUUUCUUCAUCGACCGCUCUCCGAAGCAUUUUGAAACGGUGCUGAAUUAUAUAAGAUCCGGCGAUGUUGAUCUUCCAGACUCCGAGAAUGAACUGAAAGAACUGAAAAGGGAGGCGGAAUACUAUUCGUUAGAAAAGCUGGCAACGUUGUGCCAAUCUUCAAUGCCAAAGAUUAAAAGUUACAAAACGGCUGAUGAACUGUUAAACAUGAUUGCGAACACCAAGAAGGUGGUCGUUGUUAUUCACUACCUCGCUUAUAAAAAUCAGCUACACACCAUCCCUCUUGGAUUUAAAUUUUCCGAGUUUGUAGAGAGAAAUAAGGAUAAAGCGGAAGUGUUUAUUUAUGAGAUAAAAGACGAAGAGGAGUUGAAAGAUAAACCGUACGUAGAUGAUCCCAAUCGUGUUUGGAGUUUUUGUAUCUUCAACUCCGAGUGGUCAGAAAAUUAUCCGCUCAAAUCUUUGCGGGACAUACAAGUGCAGUUAGACUGCUUCGGAGAUUUCUAAGACCCUCAAAAUCGAUCAAAUUUAUAAAUUAACCGGCAUCUGAAAAUUUACAUACAUUAUCUUUAUUUUAUUAUAUGAAAGUAUAUAUUAUUA